GAAGAACCACACAUAUAUCCUAACUGAUACCCUCCAUCAGGCAUCAUGUGAAACAAAGAUCGUCAUGGCUGCUUCGACACAGUUACUGCUCUUCUUUCUCCACUCUUUGCUUCUACUCCUCCAGCGAUCCCACAGCAAAACCUUCAACACAAUCAACCCAAGCCUUCCCCUUCAUGACGGCGACGUUUUGCUCUCUGAGAACAAGAACUUCGCCUUCGGGUUCUUCAGCCCCGGAAAUUCUACCCGCCGCUUCAUUGGAAUUUGGUACCACAAGGUCAGUGAGCAGACAGUUUUCUGGGUGGCCAACAGAGACAGGCCAAUCAACGACACCUCUGGGGUUCUCUCAAUCAACUCCCAUGGACACCUUGUUCUCAGUUGUUGCAGCAAUGGAAGCUCACCCCUUUGGUCCACAACCAUGUCAACAAAAAAUUCGGGAAAUGCCACCACCAGUGCUCAGCUUCAAGACACAGGCAACUUUAUUCUGCUCGAAAAGAAUAGCAAUCGUGUUUUGUGGCAGAGCUUUGAUUACCUGACAGAUACCAUGAUGCCUUUCAUGAAACUCGGGCUGGACAGAAGAACCGGCAUGGAUCGAUUCCUGACUUCUUGGAAGUCCAAGGAUGACCCAGCACCGGGGAAUUUCUCAUAUAGGAUCAACCCAAUGGGUUUCCCUCAACUAUUUCUCUACAAAAGCGGGGUGGUGCCGCACUGGAGGGCAGGGCCAUGGACGGGGCUCCGUUGGAGUGGCGUGCCCCAGAUGAUCAACCCCUACAUCUUCAACGUCAGCUUUGUGAAUGACCAGGAAGAGGUCUCGAUUUUGUAUGGGUUAAGGAACGAAUCGAUCAUCUCGAGGAUGGUGCUGGACCCAUCAGGCCUGAUCCAGCGCUCUACCUGGCAUGACAAGGGUGGCCGGUGGACCCAAUUCUGGGCUGCCCCCAUGGAGCAGUGCGACUAUUAUGGGGAUUGUGGACCUAAUAGCAACUGCAACCCCUACAACACGGAUCAGUUUGCUUGCACUUGCCUCCCUGGAUUUGAGCCCAGGUCACCAGCAGAUUGGUUCCUUAGAGAUGGGUCUGGCGGAUGUGUGAGGUCCCCUGGGGCCUCCACAUGCCAGAGUGGAGAAGGGUUCAUCAAAUUGGCCCGUGUAAAGGUCCCAGACACUUCUCAGGCCCAAGCUGACAUGAGCAUGAGCCUCAAAGAGUGUGAGCGAGAGUGCUUGAAGAACUGCUCUUGCACCGCCUAUACGACCGCUGAUGAGAGCAGGGGAGGGUUUGGGUGCUUGGCAUGGUACGAUGAUCUUUUAGACAUAAGGACAUUUGCUGAUGUAGGACAGGACUUAUAUAUACGCGUUGAUGCAGCCGUUUUAGCUCGUUUGACGGAGAAGAAAGGUUCUCAUCGGAAGUGGUCUAUGGGGGCAAUCAUAUCUGCUGGCGUGAUAGUGGUGUUGCUGCUCUCGAUCUUCUUGUUUAUAAUGAAGAAGAGGAGAGGGAGAAGGAGGCUGUCUGCUGCCUCAAGUGCUGCAUAUUUUCAUGAUGAUGAAUCUCAGAGCGUGCAGGAUCUCAAAGACAGUGGAAAAUCAGAUUUGCCAUUCUUUGAUCUCAGCACUAUAGCUGCUGCCACGAACAAUUUCUCUUUCAUCAACAAGCUUGGCCAAGGUGGAUUCGGCUCCGUUUAUAAGGGAGUACUCGAUAAUGGAAAGGAAAUAGCAGUUAAGAGAUUGUCGAAAUCCUCGGGACAAGGGAUUGAAGAGUUUAAGACCGAGGUCACAUUGAUCGCUAGGCUGCAGCAUAGAAAUCUUGUGAAAAUUCUUGGCUGCUGUAUUCAAGGAGAGGAGAAAAUGUUGAUUUAUGAAUACUUGCCAAACAAAAGCUUGGACUCAUUUCUUUUCGAUGAAGAGAAGAGAUCUAUGCUUGACUGGAGAAAACGUUUGGAAAUUGCUACCGGGAUAGCUCGAGGAAUCUUGUACUUACACCAGGAUUCGAGGUUGAGAAUCAUCCACAGGGAUUUGAAAGCGAGCAACGUCUUGCUCGACGCUUACAUGAAUCCAAAAAUCUCUGAUUUCGGCAUGGCGAGGAUAUGCGGAGGGGACCAAGUAGAAGGAAAUACUAGACGAGUUGUUGGGACGUACGGUUACAUGUCACCAGAGUACGCUAUGGAGGGGCAGUUUUCAAUAAAAUCUGAUGUUUACAGCUUCGGAGUUUUGUUGUUGGAGAUCAUUUCUGGAAAAAGAAACAGCAGCUUUUACCAGGGGAAUUCUUCUUCCAACCUGAUUGGCCAUGUAUGGGAGUCAUGGAAAGAAGGAUCGUGCUUGGACAUUGUCGACCAAUCAAUAGGGGACGCGUAUUCUGAGCAAGAAGUCCUGAGAUGCAUCCAGAUCGGAUUGCUGUGCGUGCAAGAAUUUGCACUGGAUAGACCAACUAUGUCCACAGUUGUGUUCAUGCUGGGGAACAAUGCAACACUUCCUUCUCCGAAGCAGCCCGCUUUUGCUUUCAAGAGGACACCCGGCAGAGCCGACACCUCUUCUUCUGGUGAAAGGACCAACUCAGUAAACGACAUGUCCAUUACUGCUGUCGAAGCUCGUUGAGAUGCAAUUUUCUACUAGGAUUGGUACAUGAAGCAAAUGUAUUAGCUUAGUUGGUCCUAUUAAGAAGAGUUCUCGGUGUACAGGAAGUUUGGAAAACAAUACAAGUAUAUAAUAUAUGUUUAGAUAGUAUGAUAUCUAAGAAGUCGCUUUUGUACUAGAAUUGUAUUCGUGAAGUUUGUUUCUGUUUGUGCAGCUUUUUUAUGCAAGUGAAUCUUUGGACCUAAAA